AAGGAUGCCGGCGUCAAGCUAUUCGCUCCAGAGUACGGCGGGAGCUACACUGUGUUCGCAAAGCGCCCGCUCUGCGAUGCCAUCAAAAUGUACUGCCUGCCUCGGCUGUUGUCUCAAUAUAAUACCCUAUUGACACCUGCGUGGACUCGGAAAGUGCACCAGACUUCGAAGGAGAGGGUGGCCCUAUCGCAGACAGCGGCCUUUAACGGCAAGGGGCGGCAAAUGGCCCUGGCUCCAACUGGGUGGUACUGA